AUGAGUGUAUCUGCUCAGACUGAGGUGGUGUCCAAGGCUGCGAAGGCCUGUUUGGAAGCGAUCAGUGGUGAAUCACCUGAUAGACGAAGAGAUCGUCGCAGGCGAGGGCUUGCCGCCAAUCAAGCAGCAUGUACUGAAGCUAAACGAGUUAGGAUAGGGGCUUCACUGAUGCAGAGAGCCAAAGAAAGAGAAAUGGCUCAAUUGAAGGAGCGUCUGGGUCGACUCAUGGAGACCUAUGAGACUAAGUUCGGACAAUAUGUCGCUAUCAUGACUGAGCUCACCGUCCACUCCCAGAGGGAUUGUUACGCCGACAAGCGACUAGAGAUCUAUGAAGAGAUGGCACUUGAAGAUGAGCCACUUUUGAUGGAUGCACUUGCUGAUGCUAUCAGCUUUACCAAUCUGGCGAGGAACGCUUAUCUGCUCUCCGCCUUUAAGAAAAUUGCCGCACUAUACGGCAAGAUGCGACCCCAUGCUGAGACCAUCCGAUCGAUCAGGGAAGGAAAAGUGCUCACUGCACUCCGAACGCAGACGGGGAUUGAUGAGAAUGCGAUUGCCAAUGACGAGACUUUGGAAGGAGAAGACACUGAAGUCGGUUCGGCGGCUACUAGCAUGUUGACCUCAGCAGUGGGAGGGAGCCAGAUCGGUGUAGAUGAGCAGGAGGACCCAUCCACACCCGUUGGAGACGAUCCUAUUGUCACUCCUUCUAACAGAAGUGACAGCGACGAGCCAUAUACGCCUCGUGAAAAUCUUCACAUAACCACAUCUAGUGGAGGUGAUAGCGAGGAACCAAAUACGUCUAUUGGAGAUCAUAACAGUACCACACCUUCGAUUAAAAAUGGUGUCGGCGAAGAACCUGUGUCUAGUCAAGACCGUCCCAUCACCACUUCAUCAAGUCUGAGUGGUGUCGACGAACCAUCUACGUCACCUCGAGAGCAUUCUAUCACUACACAGUUGAGCGGAAGCGAUAUCGAAGAGCCAUCAAGUUCCCAUGGAGACCGUAUCGUCAUCACGCAAUCGAGUCGAGGUGGUAUCGAGGAUCCGUUAACUUCCGGUGAAGAUGGUCUCAUUACCACCACCCCAUCCAAUCAAAGCGGGGUCGACGAGCCGUCUUUCGCGCUCGGUCAAGACUAUCCACAUGGCGUCGACCCCGGCAUUACGUCACAGUUGAGGCAAAGUGGCGGCGACGGCCUGUCUGUCUCCUCCCGAUACUCUUCUAGCUCUUCAACACCAAGUGAGAGUAGUAGCGAUGAGUCAUGCGGCUUUCUUCAAGACCAUAUCCUUAUCACAUCAUUGGGUCCGACUAUGGUUGGCGAGGCUGACUGGCCGUCAAGCGUUCCGGGAGGGAGCCAUUCGAUGUCGAGGCCUGUAGAGAAGGUCUCAUCGGAUGACGAGCAGAAAAAGUUAGAAGCCCAUAAGAAGUCAUUGAAUAAGACGGUUAAGCGUAUGCGGAGUAUGUUGAACCUCGUAGUGGAGAGCAUAGCCAGUGCUGAGAUCGAAGACGUUAUCCUUGCGGAGCAGGAAACCAAUUUAGACGCAGCUUCGGAGUGCAAUGCAUAUAUCACUUACGCGAGGUGUCUCCUACAACAGGAAGAGGAAGAGGCUGAACGGAGACUCUUGGACGCGGAACUCUCGGACGCGGAACUCUCGGAUGCUGCCUCGGACACUAGCCGGCCGGGCAUGAUACGUUCGGACACGGGCCGUUCGGACAGGAGUUCACCGGACAUGCUACGCUCGGACACGGGCCGUACGGAUUCGAGCCGGCCGGACAUGCUACGCUCGGACACGGGCCGUACGGAUUCGAGCCGGCCGGACAUGCUACGCUCGGACACGGGCCGUACGGAUUCGAGCCGGCCGGACAUGCUACGCUCGGACACGGGCCGUACGGAUUCGAGCCGGCCGGACAUGCUACGCUCGGACACGGGCCGUACGGAUUCGAGCCGGCCGGACAUGCUACGCUCGGACACGGGCCGUACGGAUUCGAGCCGGCCGGACAUGCUACGCUCGGACACGGGCCGUACGGAUUCGAGCCGGCCGGACAUGCUACGCUCGGACACGGGCCGUACGGAUUCGAGCCGGCCGGACAUGCUGCGCUCGGACACGGGCCGUACGGAUUCGAGCCGGCCGGACAUGCUGCGCUCGGACACGGGCCGUACGGAUUCGAGCCGGCCGGACAUGCUGCGCUCGGACACGGGCCGUACGGAUUCGAGCCGGCCGGACAUGCUGCGCUCGGACACGGGCCGUACGGAUUCGAGCCGGCCGGACAUGCUACGCUCAGACACGGGCCGUUCGGACAGGAGCUCACCGGAAAUGCUACGAUUGGACACGGGCCGUUCGGACAGGAGUUCACCGGACAUGAUGAGACCGGACACGGACCGCUUGGAUGCGGGGACAUUCAGCCCGACUUCGGGUUCUAACGGUGUCGAUUCGGAAGGCGAGCAAUCCAAUCUAAGUGCCGAGACGCAUUCUAAAGUGCCGCCCAACGUCUGGCUGGCUAACAAAGAUGCUCUUCAAGACUGCGAAUCUUCGCAGAACCAGUUGGAAGAGGCCACCCGCGAAUUCGGCAGUCUCUCUGCAGCUGUGCACCGCAGGGGUGUCGCGUUGACUAAGAAAAUACAGAGUUACCUCUGGGAGGACUCCGAGGUUCCACCGGAUGAUCCUCUGGCCCAAGCAGAAGAAGACUCGAUCGAGGUGGCUAAGAAUGCUCAUCGCGAGACCAUAGGCGUAGUGGGGUGGCUAUCGGGUGCUCUGGAGAGGAUACCGCAUACACCGGAGCAUUCAUGGGAACUCACAACUACCGAUGUUCGGGAUGCGCUACAUUUCCUGCCCACCAAAGUCGAGAAGUUGGUGAACUCGUAUGUAGCCCAUCAGGAUUCCUUUAAAGAAGCAUCUAGAGACGACGAGGAAGCUGCCGAAGUGGUCUUGGAUCCUGAGGGACAAGAGGAGGCAGAGGAGGAGACGGUGUGGGAGAUGGAGGGAAAUGAAUGGGAGGAGGCCGAAGGAGACGAGGAAGGGAUCGGGGAGGAAACGCCGGAGGGGACGGAUGUGAGGCUUGCUUUGGACAAGCUACCAUCCCAGUUUGAGGGGACUCGACCGCCAGCCUCACGAGCUGCCACAAUUGAGCCCAUGGCCAGUGAAGAGGCGGUUAGAGCCCGAGCUGAGGUGAGGAGCAGCUCGUAUGAGAAAUCGAAAACCUUGGGAGAAGAGUCUGACACUUUUCAUCCGGCACAGGUGGUCUGGCUGGUCCUUCGCGGAGUAUAUGCACGCCUAGCAGGGCAAGUAGGAGAAUCGCAUGUAGGGGGCACAAGCGGACGGAAGAAGAAAUCGAAGGGUGCCAUAUCUGGCAAGAAGAGCGCCCCGACCAAUCGCUGCAGUGGGUCGUCUGCUACACCCACUGCCCCCAAGGGUGGACGAAAGACACGUAUGAGCCCACGAGAGAAGUCGAGACGAGUUGGGAAGGCAUCAGUCACCACGAGCCCCAGGCCUACAGGUACAGGACGCCGAGUAACCCAAAAAAGAGUGCGGCCCUCGAGAGCCGGGAAGCAGGCCUGCAAGAUAGUCGCUGAGGAGUUCACCGAGGAGGAUGACAACGACAGUGCGCAGGAGGAUGAGACCGCUGAGGCACAGGAGGGUAUAGAACGUAUCCAGAGUAGAGAAGGAGACUCUGAGAUAACUAGGACCGAUAUUGAGGAUGAUCAUUCUCCUGAGGCUGCCGCCGACCGUUUGGGAGAGGAAAUCAACGAAUUGGGUGACUUCGUCGUCAAACUGCAGAAAGCGUCCGAGGUGGAACUGCGGGAGAAGUAG